GACGCUCCCUCAGCUCGCGCAGAUCUGUAGCAGUGUGUCACGGUGUCACAGUUUCACCGGGGAAAGGGAUACACUCGCGUUUCACAUUAGGCGCAUUACAGCCACCGGCGAUGCCACGCUACAUUCUUAACUGAAAGACGGAAGAACUGCAAAAAUGACGGUGGAUUUUGAGGAAUGUAUUAAAGAUUCACCCCGAUUCAGGGCGAAUAUCGAUGAAGUUGAGACUGAUGUUGUGGAAAUAGAAGCCAAGUUAGAUAAGUUGGUGAAGCUAUGCAGCGGUAUGAUCGAAGCAGGUCGUGCGUACAUCAGUGCCAAUAAACUCUUCAUCAACGGCAUUCGAGACUUGUCUCACCACUGCAAAGAGGAGGAGAUGAUCUCAGAAUGUCUCGAAAAAUGUGGCGGGAGCCUUCAGGAAAUCGUCAACUAUCACAUGAUCCUGUUUGACCAGGCCCAGAGAUCCGUAAAGCAACAGUUGCACAAUUUUGUGAAGGAGGAUGUUCGAAAGUUUAAAGAGACGAAGAAGCAGUUCGAUAAGGUGCGGGAGGAUAUGGAGAUCGCCCAGGUGAAGAACGCACAGGCGCCUCGUAACAAACCGCAUGAGGUGGAGGAGGCCACCAGCGCCCUCGUCACGACCCGGAAGUGCUUCCGACACCUCGCCCUGGACUAUGUGUUGCAGAUCAAUGUUCUUCAGGCCAAAAAGAAAUUUGAAAUUUUGGAUUCGAUGCUGUCGUUCAUGCAGGCUCAGUACAGUCUCUUCCAGCAGGGCUUCAACAUCUUAGAUGAGGUCGACCCCUACAUGAAGAAGCUGGCUGCUGAGUUGGAUCAGCUGGUCAUAGAUUCAGCGAUGGAGAAGAGAGAGAUGGAGCACAAACAUGCCACCAUACAGCAAAGAACUUUGAUGCAGGAUUUUGCAUACGAUGACUCCAAAGUGGAAUUCAAUGUUGAUGCUCCUAAUGGUGUCGUGAUGGAGGGAUACCUGUUCAAGAGGGCGAGCAAUGCUUUCAAGACAUGGAACAGGCGAUGGUUUUCGAUACAGAACAGUCAAUUAGUCUAUCAGAAGCGACUAAAAGAUGCUUUGACUGUGGUUGUGGAGGACCUGCGGCUUUGCUCUGUGAAACCAUGUGAGGACAUUGAGAGAAGGUUCUGUUUUGAAGUGGUGUCACCUACAAAGAGCUGUAUGCUGCAGGCUGAAUCCGAGAAGCUCCGUCAAGCUUGGAUUCAAGCAGUUCAGGCGAGCAUCGCUUCUGCCUACAGGGAAAUUUCUGACAACUAUUAUAUUGAGCGUUUGGACAGGACAGCAUCUCCCUCCACGAGCAGUAUCGACUCUGCCAGCGAGCCGCGGGAGCGUAUUGUUAAAGGAGAGAGUAUCCUACAGCGGGUCCAGUCUCUGCCAGGAAACGAGAUCUGCUGUGACUGUGGCCAGGCCGACCCUCGCUGGGCCAGCAUCAACCUCGGCAUUCUGCUCUGCAUCGAGUGCUCUGGCAUUCACAGGAGUUUGGGAGUCCACUGCUCUAAAGUUCGCUCUUUAACACUCGACACAUGGGAGCCAGAGCUUAUGAAGUUAAUGUGUGAGCUUGGAAACACUGUAAUCAACCAGAUUUAUGAAGGUGCGUGUGAGGAGCAGGGACUUAAGAAACCUGGUCCCAACAGCUCAAGGCAGGAGAAAGAAGCGUGGAUCAAAGCGAAAUAUGUGGAGAGGAAGUUUCUGAAGAAGAUGUGUGGCUCCGAGGCCCUGGUGGAGGGGAGCAGAAAAUCACAUCACUGGAGAGUGAAGAAGUGCAGGAGACACAACAGCUCCAUCAGAGCCCCUAAAACCCGCCGGAAAUACAGACACGAUGCCGGGAUCAUGUCGCCAGCCAACCUGUCCGCUGCUGCAGCAGCUGCAAAGUUUCGGAGAGAAUCCUUGUUUUGUCCCGACGAGCUUGAUUCGCUCUUCUCUUACUUCGACACAGGCUCAGGGCCUCGCAGUCUCAGCAGUGAUAGCGGGCUUGGCGGCAGUACUGACGGCAGCACAGAUAUACUCGUUUUCGGCUCAGUGGUGGACAGCGUCACUGAGGAAGAGUGUGAGGAAUCCGAUGAGUCCAGUGGGGAGGUCGACAUCGAGCAGGAAGCAUCGGAUCCGGAGGACGGACGGGAGCUUGACCCGAAGACCCUGCUUCAUAAAGCGUCACGGGCCAGAAACCUACCAGUCAUGGCAGAGGCACUCGCACAUGGUGCAGAUGUCAACUCCGUCAAUGAGGAGGACCAAAGCAAGAGUCCAUUAAUACAAGCCGUCGCAGGGGGCUCUCUGAUCGCCUGUGAGUUCCUGCUGCAGAACGGAGCAGAUGUCAAUCAGAGGGAUGUACGAGGACGGGCACCUCUGCACCAUGCCACGUGCCUGGGUCACACGGGACAGGUGUGUUUGUUCCUGAAGCGAGGAGCCUCUCAGAUGGAGGUCGAUGAGGACGGGCAGGACCCUCUCAGUAUCGCUGUUCAGGCAGCCAACGCAGACAUCGUCACAUUAUUGCGGUUAGCCCGGAUGAAUGAGGAGAUGCGAGAAGCGGACGGACCCUUCGGACAACCAGGUCAAUACCCCAGCAGCAGUCCCACAGAGCAGCAGUACAAAAAGUGUAUUCAGGAGUUUAUCUGCCUCACGAUUGAUGAAUGCUAGGGGGCGCUGUUGAGCGCUGACAGACUGUGAGGAGAACCACCCACGUUUGUAGCCCUUAGCAGGAAUAGCUUUAGCAAGGAUCGAGUGCUAUCUUCAGCCUCCUCCCCUCCUGACCGAUUAGUUCACACGUUGUGUUCGUAUGUAUGUGGUUAACACAAAAUAUUGAAAUGGAACGCUGAGCGCUGUUUUGAAUUGUGUAUCAUUCAAAAGUGAUGUCAAACUAACCGAAUUAGUUUUCGAAUGAAUUUGAAUUCAUUAGCAAUUCAAAACAGCAUUUCACAGUGUUAUUGAGUCAUUAUGUGCAAAAUAUGACUGUGCGCACUUUUCCUACCGACAGUAUUUGUUUUGUUUUUAUUACAACUGAAUUCUUGUAAAUGUUGUUUGUUGUGUUUUUAAUUUAUGUUCCGUCCUGAGGAUUAGUGCAAUGGUAACUGGAAUACAGAAAAACUGUAUCCAUGUACAUUUUCUCGUUUAGUAAAGAACAGAAGGCGUUUACGUUUGACUAAAUAGACUUUUUUUUGUGUUUUACAUUUCAAAAACACACCAGACUCCCCUCAUAUGCUAAUAAAAACGGGUGUUUUGACCCCUUUAAGAGAUGUCAGCUAUUCAAAAUUAUUUAUAGAACUUAUAGCAACCGUCUGUUUUAUAUAUUUGUACUUGUAUUGCCAAGCUCCCAAAUGACUGUCAUGUGAUUUUUAUUUUAUUUUAAUUUAUUUUUUUAAGUGAAAUGCUUGUCUAUCGCAGUCUGUCUGUAGAAGCAGUCAGCAUCUGCAUGCGUUUACUCGCUCGCAAACCAAGGCAAAGUGCCUGUCUGCAUUAGCAAGCAUGCUCCCUUAUUUUAGCCACCUGAUUCUGUCGUUAUGUAAAAAUGCAUGUCCGCAGAAGACAUCUGCUCCGUGUUGUCCAUUUUUCGCCCACGUUUGGUUCAGAUGAUCCCAGUCGUCAGAAUCCUGUCUCCCUUUCUAAUGCCUGUAAAAAAAAAAAAAAAAUGCAUCCGAAUAUGCCUACUUCCAUACUAUAUAGUAGGUGAAAAACAGUAUGAGAGCUGAGUAGUAUGUCUGAAUUCAUAGCAUUCAUAAAACAGUUGAAAAGUACUGUGAUGACCUACUACUAGCAGCGAGAUUCUGAAGCGUGCAUCUGAUGGACACUUUACUUUCCCAUGAGGACAGCGAAGUGUCACAACUGAAGCUAUAAGUCACAUGGCAGAUGUAGUACGUCCAAAUGUCAUUCAUACUAUACAGUACAUACUUUUUUAACAGUUCAUGACGCAAGUUGCAAACCAAAUUUAGUACUACAGUGUUCGAUUUUGGAUACCGCACUUGUUUUAAGCAGUUAGCACUAUGCUAAGUAGGCUAAGCUGUUAGCUUGCCAAGUAUAGGCUAACAGAUAUAAAGAAUAUGACCAUUUUUAGCUUUAGUAAUGAAAUAUACAAAUUAAAUUAACAUUUUAAUGAUUAAGACUACAAAGGAUUUCUAAUCGGGCAAUGAAUGAAGUACCCAUAACAAAUGUUCUCAGCUAAAGGAAUAACUUUGAAGAUUAAGGGGGACAGGAUUCUGUGUGACACCGCCAUCUGUGGGUGGAUUUUUGCAAGUAAAGGUGAAAUAUGUAAAAAUAAUAAUAUUGGCGUUUCAAACCAAACACUCUCACAGUCUGCUAUUGGUCAACAAAUAAAUAGCUCCACCCCCACACGUAUGCUAUUGGUUGAGCCCCUGUUGCUAUGUCAGGCAGGUCAGAUGCUUAAACAGAGCAAUGUUUUGAUCGAUUGAUAGAGUGUUUGUUUUCCAGGGGAUUCAAUCUACAAAUGGUUUACUUAGUUUCUUCAUAUUAAGCUGACAUGAAAAAAAUAUUCAAAUAUUAAAAACAAACCUACAUACCUCACCUUUAAACAGGUAGGCUACCAAGCAAAGAACAUCUUUUCAGUGCAAAUUUGCAUCUUAAUAAAAAAUUGCUUGGAGAAAGAAAAAACGUAAUUGUACAUGUUCAGUUGUUGUUUUACAGAAACAUUCGGUGAGCUGAAAUUUAGCUUUUAAUGUCUGAAAAUAGAGACAGUGUAUAGAAUAGAUGCUCGCCAACGAGGGGCCAGUUCAGUCGUUGUGUCUGGAUGUGUUUUUAACAAAGCUGAACUGAAAAAUGCUUCUUAACUACUGUGCUGUGAAUAUGCUUUGACCUUUGAACUGUUCUCAACUGCUUGCUCUCUCUCUCUCUCUCUCUUCGUUGAGCUGUGGUUCUUGCGUUCAGACCUUUAACUCGUUUUCUCUUCCAACAUUCAGUACAAUCUGUUUUCACACUGUUAGAUGACAUUGUGUUUGGAGACAUUCUUGUAUUGUUUGUACCACAGAAAUCUUCAAAAAGAAGCUUGUCUUUUGAAACACUGACAAACAAUAAAACAGACAAAGUCUUGAGCUCGUA